UAUCUCUUGUCUCUUAUCACUCUCCUACUCUCACAGUAGAGAGAGAAAGUUUUAAGAGAGAGAAAGCUUUUUUUUUUGUUCAUUUGCAUUUCUUUCUACAAUACACCCUGUUUUUAUUUUUAUGUUUUUUUGAGAGAGGAAUAAUUUUUUUUUUGUGGGUUUUUUUUUUUCUUUUUACAUUUGUAGAAAGAUUAGAUCUUUUUUAAGAUUUAUGUAAUUUUUACCCUAUUUUCUGCAAUCAUCACCUUUUGAUUUGCAAAAAAAAAAAAAUGAUGAUGAGCUAAAAAAAAAAUUUCACUUUUUAACCCAAGAAAAUCAAAGAAAGAUUCAAUUUUUCUCUCUUUUUAAGGUUUUUAAUCUUUCAAACUUUGCAUUUUUAGAUCUGUUGAAGUUUAUAUUGUUCUGGGUUUUGAGCAAAAAUGAUGAAUUAUUUCCCAGAAGAAGUAUUAGAGCAUAUCUUCGACUUUGUUACAACAAAUCAAGAUAGAAACUCAGUUUCAUUAGUGUGUAAAACAUGGUUUAAAGUAGAGAGAGAAAGCAGAUCUCAAGUGUUUAUAGGAAACUGCUAUGCAAUUAGUCCAGAAAGAUUAAUAGGAAGGUUUCCUAGAUUAAGGGCACUUACUUUAAAAGGAAAGCCUCAUUUUGCAGAUUUUAAUUUGGUACCUCAUGAUUGGGGAGGGUAUGUGUACCCUUGGAUUAAGGCACUUGCUAAAGGUUGUCCUUCACUUGAAGAACUUAGGUUGAAAAGAAUGGUUGUUUCUGAUGAAAGUCUUGAGCUUUUGUCUAAGUCUUUUCUUCAUUUUAAGUCUUUGAUUUUAGUCAGUUGUGAAGGCUUUACUACUGAUGGACUUGCUGCUAUUGCCUCCAAUUGCAGGUACCUGAGAGAGCUGGACUUGCAGGAGAAUGAGGUAGAUGAUCGGAAGGGACACUGGCUAAGUUGCUUUCCCGAGGGUUGCACAUCUCUUAUAUCUCUCAAUUUUGCAUGCCUCAAGGGUGAAGUCAACUUAGCUGCCCUUGAAAGGCUGGUAGCCAGGAGCCCAAAUCUUAGAAGUCUCAGGCUAAAUCUUGCUGUUCCUUUUGAGACACUUCAGAAGAUACUUGUUAAGGCACCUCAACUGACGGACCUGGGCACCGGAUCCUUUGUCCAUGAUCCAAAGUCUGAGACCUACAAUAAGCUAACGAGUGCCAUUUCUAAGUGUGAAUCAAUUAGGAGCUUGUCGGGAUUCUUGGAGGUUGCUGCUCGCUGCCUUCCUGCAAUCUAUCCAAUUUGCUCGAACUUGACUUCUUUGAAUCUCAGUUAUGCUCCUGGAAUAGGUGGUUCCGAGCUUACACAGUUGAUUCUCCAUUGCAAGAAACUCCAACGUCUGUGGAUAUUAGACUGUAUUGGAGACAAGGGACUUGCGAUUGUAGCAGAUACAUGCAAAGAAUUGGAAGAGCUAAGAGUUUUCCCUUCUGACCCAUAUGCUCCUGGGGAUGCUGCCGUCACUGAGGAAGGGCUUGUAGCAAUAUCAAGUGGCUGUCCGAAGCUUAACUCUGUACUGUACUUCUGCCACCAAAUGACCAAUGCCGGGCUAAUAACUGUGGCCAAAAACUGCCCAAAUUUCAUCCGGUUCAGGUUAUGUAUCUUAGACCCAAUAAAACCUGACCCCGUUACUGGGGAACCAUUGGAUGAAGGUUUCGGGGCGAUUGUUCAAUCGUGUAAGCGCUUGAGGCGGUUAUCUAUAUCCGGACUCCUGACUGACCAGGUUUUCCUGUACAUUGGUAUGUAUGCUAAGCAAUUAGAGAUGCUUUCUGUUGCAUUUGCUGGGGAUAGUGAUAGCGCGAUGAUUAACGUGUUAAAUGGGUGUGAGAAGAUCCGGAAAUUGGAAAUCCGGGAUUGCCCAUUCGGAAAUUUGGCACUUCUAACGGACAUCGGGAAGUAUGAAACAAUGCGAUCCCUUUGGAUGUCGUCCUGUGAAGUGACCGUAGGGGCUUGCAAGUUGCUCGCGAGGAAGAUGCCUCGGUUGAACGUGGAGAUCAUCGAUGAGAAUGGGCUAGGGGAAACCUAUCUCGAUGAUGAGAGACAGAAAGUAGACAAGAUGUAUCUGUAUCGAACUUUGGCUGGGCCCAGGAAAGAUGCACCAGAGUUUGUAUGGACCUUGUAGUUUGUAUCUUUAGUAAGGAUUUUUAUUUUUUCAAGCUGUUGUUGUACUGCCUAUUUUUCUUUUUUUUGUACUUUAGGAAAACUGGUUUAUGAGACAUGUAGAAUGAUGGUGAAUUACUUUCCCCAUUUUGAUGGAAAGUCUAAUAUUUUUCUGUCGUCUACUA